AUGGUAAUUCAACAAGAUGGAAGUGUAUUUAUUAGCACAAGGUAAUAAAACCCUUAUUUUUUCUUUAUGUCUUAUUGUGUAUUGCCACAUGCAUAACUGCAGGCUUUCAAAAUGAAGGGGACUAUUCAACUUCGUGACUAAAUUCAACAAUUUUCCUGUUCAUUUACUGUAACUUCGAUUCAAAAAAGUUUAAUAAAGGAUGUUUUAAUCGGAGGGGGCUGUUACAUUUUUUCUUCCCCAACACCACUAAAACAAAACACGGAAACAUGACCCUGGCACACCUGCAUGUCGACAGUUGCUCUAACAAAGUUUCGCACAGUCGUCAUUUCCCAUUAAAACUGAGCUGAUAAUCUGAAACCGUGUGAAAUUUGUUCUAAUUUUUUAUGGUCGUCAUGACUUUUGACUUGGGUUAUUAUAAUAUUUAGAAUCACUCUGACGUGUGUUUGUGUCAUGGACUUUCGUAAGUUUCCCAUGGAUCGACAAGAGUGUGAAUUGAACUUCUCAAGUUGUAAGUACCGAAAAAAUAUACGUAUCGUUAAAAUAUAGUAGCUGAUUACCAGCAUUGAUGCUACGUGAGGCUAAUGUGUGAGUUUUCAUAAAAGGCUAAAAAGACCUUAAUUUUUAGUUUUCUAGCUUUUUUUUCUAAAUAAACGUUUAUAUAAAUAUUGUAAUAAAUGAAAUGAAAUGAAAUGAAAUGAAAUGAGGAGUCGUGGAUGAGAGGACGAACGUGCCCUCUUACAAUACAUUUGACCAUGUGCUGGGAACAGUAAGCUCUGACGUCAGCAUACAAGAGGCCACUGGCAGCCGCUCACAGUCCAUUUAUAAGCUUCCUGUACUCACCCUACCCAUGAUGGGAAUGAUGUGAAGUGUGAAGGUUAACCACAAGACCGGGGUCUACGUCCCCUACUCUUUUCGAACAGUAGUGUGGGUUCUUUUACGUCCCACAAGAACCACACAAGUGUAAGUGCUGUGAGACAGGACAUACGGUUUUUUGUCCUUAUCCGAGAAGAUUAGAGAGCCGAAACGUUUGCAGAUGUCGUUACAAAGGCAGCACUUUCUUCUCAGUUAUUUAAAGACCCUGAGUGUUGGUCCGGGCGGGGUUCGAACCCGUGACCAGCAGACGUCCAGCAGACCGGCGCUCUCCCAACUGAGCCAACCAGGCGGAUUAAAUGUCUAUGAUCCGAGCUGGUAACCAAGUGUCGUCACAAGAACAAGUUCUUCGCAACCAAUCACUGAACGCGCCGCUCCAACCGUCCAUGAAUUUCAAAUUUCCAACUUAAAACCGAAAAUCUGUCUUCAGAAUUUUUAGUCUGAUGAUCGCUUAGUGCGUGAAACUCCGAGUUACAACUCCAUUAAAUGCUAUCCUUUUCAUUCGUAAAUGUUUAUGUAAAAGGUUUAUAUUCCUUUUUUUGGCAGCUGUUUAUCUUGACCUAGUGCCUGGAGUUUAUUAUAUUUCAAACAUUAUUUACAUCAUUCUAUUUUAGACCCCGUCUUUUACGGAGUUAAAAUUUCGAACUUUAUUAUGUACUAACCUUCAUUCUAAUACACUCCAACUGCGGAAUAAGCAUUCUAUUAUCUGUUUUAUAUAUAUAUAUAUAUAUACAUUUUAUUCACUGAAAAUGUUUCUUGAUUUUUUCAUACAUUAAGUCUUUUCUAUUGACUCUUUUGCUUUGCAGACUCUUUUACUACUGAUGAUAUUGUUUACGAGUGGAAGGAGAGAAAUACAACAUCGCCAGAAAGUCUAGAGAUUACUCAAUUUACACUUAAAUCAGUCAGCACUCAUCAGAAAGUCAGUAACUACAUAACUGGUACGCGACUGGUUGAUGUGCUGAUGUGUGGGGGGUGUGGUCUUCAGAGAGCCACGUGAUCUAUUAGCGCAGUGUUUACACUUGGUGUCCGGGCACUGGUGUCCGAGUACGGUACUCACUGGGUACUAAUGUGAACACAGCCUUUUUUCAAGUACCCACGCUAGUAGAAUUCGCGCACGGCGCCGGUGCCCAAAGACAAGGUCUCGACCUUGUACACUGCGGGCAUAAUAUGAUCAAAAUACAAAAACAAGUUCCUUUCUUUUUAAGUUGACGGUGUUUCUCAUCAAAUGCUUUCAUACUUUUAAAUGUUUGUUUCUGUUUUCCUAGGUAAUUUCUCUGUUCUUGGCCUGAGAUUUGUGUUCACUCGACGCAUUGGCCAUUACCUGUCAAGGGUUUACAUUCCAGCCAUUCUUAUCGUAUCUAUGUCUUGGCUUUCAUUCUUCAUUGAUCCCACGUCAGUUCCAGCUCGUGUUGCACUAAGUAUAAUGACUGUUCUCACAAUGACUACACUGUUAAUCGGUGUUGGUCAGGGAUCUUUGCCCGUGGUAUCGUAUGUGAAGGCAGUAGACUGGUACCUGAUUUUCUGCUAUAUUUUUGUGUUCAGUGCAUUUGCAGAAUAUGCGAUUGUAAACAACAUACAAACAGGACACAAAUCUACAGAGCUUCGAAUGGUAAGAAUGAAUGUAUAUUCCAUGAGAAUAAACAUGUGA